CAUACAUGCAGUACCUACCACUCCUUGCGUUGUGAAUGUGUGUUAUUUUGGUCUCGAAUACCUGCAUUUAACAAUUAAUGAAACGAUAAUUUAUUUAUUAAUUACAGAGCUUGUGAUAUACUAAUCUGGAACAGUAUGUGGUGCCCGUGAAGUGCUCGUUAAGAAUCUAACAGUGGGAUAGAAAUCUAUUGUUUAUGUUAUACGAUGCUCUGAAAAAAUGUCAGGAGGCAACUCAAAGAACAAGGCUCGCUCCAAAAAGCAGGAGGGAUGGGAGGAAGCUGGGGGUGAGUUCUAUCAGGAGCUGUACCCUGGGGGGGAGCAGGAGCUGUUUGAUAACCUACAGCGAGCUGAUGCUGCUAAACUGGCCACGCUGCUGCCCAGCAAGCAGGCUCGGAAUACUACUACCGUGAAACGAGCCCGUUCGCAGAAUGAACGCCGCCAGUCCACUUACGCGCGGACCACUCAGAGCCGAGACAUCCACUUGUCCAUGCUACCGGAUUUAUCAGAGAACCUAUCGAAUGAGGAACGAACAUGGGAGGAGAUCAUGCAGAUCAAGGCCAUGCCGGUACCGAUGAACCAGAAACGAGAGCUGAAAGCUAGGUUACAGAACGCCACAAAACUACGCCUUCAAGGCUUCGAGCAGCUGCAAUGGAGACAAAGAAAAGUCUGGCAUCGAUUCAGCAUACGGUUCUCAGAAAUAGUCGGCAAGCUGGAACUCUGGCAGUCCCCCAUGAGGGAGAUUGAAGGCAAGUUCGGGACCGGCGUAGUCUCCUACUUUCUCUUCCUAAGAUGGCUGCUAUUUCUAAAUCUAGCCAUAUCAGUAAUAAUAAUACUUUUCAUGAUCCUUCCAAAGACUUUAUUGAACGAAAUCAACUAUCGAUGUGAAGAUUUUGAAUCGAAUUCCACAAUAUGUUGUUCCAAUUAUUAUUUGACGAAGAAUUUGACUGACUCCAACGUUUUUUUCGAUGUCAUCCAAGGCACUGGGUGGAUGGAACGAACUAUACUCUUCUAUGGAGUCUACACAGAUCAAAUUUACUCAUAUUACAUAGCAAAUUUGUUCCAAAGUAAGCUUUAUUACAACAUGCCUAUGGCUUAUAUUCUUGUGGCUAUUUCGUGGGUUUUAUUAUCUUUAAUAGCCAUAGUAAAAACAGCGGCAAAAGGUUUCAAAGAACGCCUAGUUGAGAACGAAGGACAGUUUUAUAAAUAUUGCAAUUUAGUAUUUGGAGGUUGGGAUUUCUGUAUACAUAAUGAUAAGUCAGCUAAAAUCAAACAUAAAGGGAUAUAUAACGAAGUGAAAGGAUACUUAGAGGAAGAAAAGUUUAAUGAAGAAAGACAAUUAAGGACAAGGGAAUCUCAAAUAUUAAUAUAUUUCAAGCGUUUGUUAGUCAAUAUUUUAGUUUUCGCCAUACUCAUAGCUUCAGGAGUCCUUAUAUACUUCACUUUUAACUAUUCCACUGACAAACUAAACGAAGAAAUGUCUCAAAUAAGCGAGAAUCAGAAUGAAUUACAUAUAGAAAAUUUUAACCAAAGUCACACUGAAAAAUUCACUCUAAGGCUUUAUAAAGAAGGUGGAUUAUUCUUUGGCCAGUUAGAGAACACGUUGUUAGAAUUUUUACCCUUUAUAUGUAUAGUAGUAUUAAAUUUAAUAGUGCCAGAAAUAUUCAGUUAUUUAAUACAAUUCGAGUCUUACACUCCAGCUUAUGUGUUGAUCAUAACGUUACUGCGAACAGUUUUACUUAGACUCUCAUCUUUAGCUGUUCUUUUGAGCCAAAUGUAUACUUAUGUCAGAGAUAAUGGGUUUGUUUGUGCGUAUAAUAACAAUGAUUCGUCGAAAUUGGACUGUUGGGAGACAUACGUAGGCCAACAGCUAUACAAGUUGAUCCUAACUGAUUUCGCAGUACAAUUUGUGACGACUUUCUUCAUAAACUUGCCCAGAGCAUUCUUAGCGCGACACACGAACAGUAGAUGUUUCAAAAUGCUAGGCGAACAAGACUUUUAUUUGCCGAAACACGUCCUAGAUAUUGUCUACACGCAAACUAUAAUAUGGAUGGGUUCCUUCUUCUGUCCGUUCCUACCAAUAAUUGGGACGAUAUUCUAUUUCUUAAUAUUUUACAUCAAAAAAUUCACUUGUCUCACAAAUUGUACGCCUUCCCCUGUAGUUUAUAAGGCGUCGAAAUCCAAGUCUCUAUUCAUGUCUGUGUUGCUACUAGGUUUCAUAGUAUCCAUAGCCCCCGUGGCUUAUUCUGUGGCAGAAAUAUUCCCUUCAGUAAACUGCGGCCCGUUUAGAGGAUAUAACAAUGUAUGGGAAUUCGUUGUGCAGACUUUUGAAGGCUUUCCUUUUGUUAUAAGGGAGUUCAUAUUCAGAUUGGGAACGUCGGCAUUCGCUGUGCCAGCGUUUGCGGUCCUACUAUUCUUCCUAUACUAUUAUUGGGCGGUUGCAGCAGCCAACAGGCAUAUGGUGACAGUUUUAAAGAACCAACUUGUCCUAGAAGGCCACGAUAAACAGUUUCUCCUAAAUAGAUUAAGCGCUUUCAUAAGACAGCAUCAGAAACGAUGCGAGCGAAGGAACAGAGCCAGUUUCGCUGAUGAUGACUCCAUAAGACAAAGUUCCAGGUAAAAUAUUGAUUUACCAACUUUACGAUAACGAUAUCAAUUAAGGUUAAUGUUAUAUAUAAUUUCUAUUGGAUAAAGAAAUUUGGAUUAAACGUUGCAGCUCGCAGCAUACGGGGUUCUCAAAUUAAACUAGAUAACUGUCAGAACUAUUUUUGCACUGCGUAGAUGGCGCCACUGGCGAAUAUAGUCCUUUAAGUUCAUACAAUAGUUUUUUUUUUUUUUUUGAAAUAGAGAAUCAAUGAAAAAAUCCUCCCGAUCUCUUUAUUCAAUGGGAAUUUAUAAAUGUGUACUAAAUUAUGUAAAUAAAACAAUAUUUAUUCAUAUAACCUAAAAUAAUAUUAAUUAAAUAUAAAAAUAUUGGCUCAAAUGAUUGAAAGAAAUUAAUGUAAUUUAUUGGCAGUUUAAUAUGAAUUAUUAAGUAAGUUAUUGUUUGAUUAUGACCUCUGACUCUCUGUUUAAUUAUGUUGACAUAUACGUAUAAAUAUUUAAAUUUCAACAGUCUGUUAGUCAUUUCGGUUACAACUUGAAAACUGCUGGAUUCUACGCUCAAUAUGAAAUAUGUUGUAGGUUAGAUCUCCGUUAUAUAAUCCGUUACAAAAUAAAUUAUCUUUUAUCUUUUUAUCUCUUUUUAUAUAAAAUUAACAGAAAAAAUGAAAUAAACAAAUUCUUUUCGUGCAGUUUUUUGUGAUAUUUUUUCUACCAAGUACCAAAUCCGUGAUGCAAGCUUUUAGAAUUAAUUUGUAUAUAUAUUUUUUUGUAUUUGACCGUGUCUCGAAAAAUUUCUGAAAUCAAUAGAUCUUGUUAGUAUUAUUUAUUAAAUUCUAUAGAAGUGUAUUAGGCAUAUUGUUUUCAACUAGAUCAUGUUUUUAUAAAAAAAAAAUUGUCUCAUGCAAGCCAAAGGGAAUUAAUUUUGGUAAAUCCAGAAACGAAAUUUUAAUGGUAGAUUUUUUUGUUUGAUUUUUGAAAGUUAUUCUUUGCCAUUUUCUAAGUGCCAUUGCCUAUGGUAAACACUUUCUUACCCAAGUAACAAAUAACUUUGCAAAACUGUGACCGGUUCAAAAUUAUGACUUGUUAUUAAGGAGCAUCCAGAAAAUUUAAAAAAAACAUCUCACGUAAUUUAUGGGCCUUAUUAUUACAACCUUUACUCCCUUAUUACAAAACAAGAAUUAUCUUUAGUGUCUGUUUAAAACAUUGAGUCAGUAUUUUGAAUCCUAUUCUAACCAAACUUUAAUUGGGUAGUUUCCUAGGUCAAAAAUAAAUUAAUUCGACGUUUCAAUCCGCAAAAAUAUUGAAAAAUAACUAUAGGUACUUUUAUUCAUCGGUCGAUCGAUACAUUAAGUUUUAGAUAAUUUUUAGCUGUUUAUUAAAAAAUAAGUAAGCUAUUUGACGCGAAAAUACUAUGACGUCAUAACUCAAUUUUUCAUAGAAAAGUAGAGUUUUGACAUUUGGAUAAAAGUAUUCAAUUUGACUAGUUGGAAACUACCGUAUUUAAAAUACAAUAACUGUCUCAAUGGUAUAGACCUAGUCUUAAUUGUUUUGUAAUAAGUCCUAAAAAGCCAUUCUUUAUUCAUAUUAUUACAUUUUUAAGACACUUACAAAAUCUCUCUUUUUUAUACAAAAUUGAACCUUAUGUCGAACAAGACUGGUAUAAUGUUUUUCUUCAUUAAAAAUACUUGCUCAAAUGAGUCUGACAAGCGUAGGUAUCUUAUUUAGAAAAUUUUAUUAAAUUUUUACCUUCUACGCUCAUUGUAAUGCCAUUUUUUAUAUAUUUAUUGAAUAUUUUUAAAUUUAAUUC